GAAGAUUUAUCGCAAUUUGCGUCAAUCGAUUUUUCAUUAUCAAUCGUUUCUCGACCUUUCACUAUAAUAAUUACAAUACUAGUAAUCCUACAUUAAGACUCGAUAUAUAUAUAUAUACACACGCAUGAUUUUUGUAUUUGACAUAAGUGACACGAGUGAAAAAAAGUGAUGAAAAUGUUUGCAAGGCGUUAAUAAAUGAAUAAAUUAAUUAAUUAAUUAUUAGUGCGCGUUAAAUGUAACGAAUCGUGGAAAUAUAUUUAAUAUAUAAACGAAAAUGUUUCUCAACGAAACUCUGUUAGUGCUAACUUAUACAGCCAAUAUUAUGUCCAGGCUACCUGAACAAGAAAAAUUAAGUUCGCUCGAUGAUCCUAGUGAUUUUUCUAAUUUAACUACGACAACACUUUCGCCGGAAGAAGAGGAAAAUAAAUUCGAAUUCGAAGAUCAAUGGUACAUGUGGAGAUGUUACGAACCCUAUGGAUGUUUCUACAUCGGUGCACCAUGGUCAGGCGAAAAUCGUCCAGUUUCGAUGUUUCCAGCUCGACCAGAUAGUAUCAAUCCACAUUAUUUACUAUACACACGUGACUACAUAGAUCAACCGCACGAAUUGAAGAUCGAUCAUUUCGAUACGAUCAAGAGUGCACCGUUUCGAUUAGAAAACACUUUUUACUUCAUUAUACAUGGAUUUUUAGACAAUGGUGAUGACACCUGGGUAAUGAGAACACUGAAUGAAUUAUUAUUACGAGAAGAUUGCAACAUUUUAAUCGUAAAUUGGAUAGGUGGAGCAGGUCCGCCAUAUACACAAGCAGUAGCCAAUACGAGAUUGGUCGGUGCUAUGACAGCUCGAUUGGCAGCACAAUUAAUAAAUAUUGGUAAAAUUUUACCAACGAAGAUGCACAUUAUCGGACACAGUCUUGGCGCUCAUACAGCUGGUUACGUUGGUUAUACGUUGAGGCUACGUUAUCGUCAUAUUUUGGGAAGGAUAACAGGCCUCGACCCAGCAGAGCCACACUUCAGCAAUACUUCGCCUAUGGUACGACUCGAUCCAACCGACGCAAUGUUCGUGACAGCAAUUCACACCGAUUGUAAUCCAUUUAUCAGCGGUGGCCUUGGUAUUACUCAACCGGUUGGCCAUAUCGACUUUUAUCCAAAUGGUGGUCGCAAUCAACCUGGUUGCAACGAGGGUGUACUCAAUUCGAUCACCUUGGAACGUGGUAGUUUCUUUCGUGGUAUCAAGAGGUUCUUAGGAUGCAAUCAUAUUCGAAGUUACGAGUAUUUCAUCGAAAGCAUCAACACUAAUUGUCCUUUCAUAGCGGUUCCCUGUACAUCCUGGGAUAAAUUUCAAGAGGGUACUUGUUUCGAUUGCGUCGAUCAAUAUUGUCCUAGAUUUGGUCUGGACGCACAACCUGGGAAUUAUCAUGCUUCCGUUUUCUUGAUGACAGGCUCGGACAAGCCGUUUUGUAAGGCACAUUAUCGCGUAACAAUAAAUAUUUCGAAAACGGACGAGAGUCUAAGUUAUGGCGGAGAAGUAGGCAUGUUUGUCAUUAGAGUGAUCAGUGCUAAUGGAAAACAAACAGAGAAAAUGAAACUGAGUCCUAAUUCGAAAUAUUAUGAGCCUGGUAGUGUACAUAAAAUUGUUUUACCUGGCGAUGUAAUAGGCAAACCAGAAUCUGUUGAAAUCACUUGGGAAUAUCAGACUUCUAUGUUCAAUCCUUUAACAUGGAGAUUUCUUCAUACACCUCGUGCUUAUAUCGAUUCAUUGACGGUCGAUAAUCUCGAAUUUGAUCACGGAAUCACGGUCUGUCCAGACGAGACAAAUACGCUAAUAGCAAACGAGCCAAAGAUUUUAACAGUAGAAAAUUGUGGCAACACCAAUACCAACGUAGUUUCAACUUGAGCAUCUUCAAAAUCACCUUAUGAGUUAUUGCAACAACAAUAACAAAGAAAAAAAAAAAUAAAGAAAGGAAGAAAAAUAAUAAGAAGAAAAAUGAUC